AUGACCAUGUGGCUGGCAGAGGUGGUGCGCCGGGUAUCCCCUCGCAGCAGGAUGAGUGCCCUCUCCGCAGUUGCCCCGGAGUUAUCCUUCGGUGCAGGGGAGGGUCGCGGGCCGCAGUCCGGGAAGAGGAUGAAGCUGCUGCAGAGGAAGGGCCUGCUUUGGGGAGCGUGCGGCUUCCUGACCAACCUGGCCGUCCUCUGGGCCCUGUGGAGCUGGGGACGGUGGUGGGGGUGGUGGCAGGUGGACGAGGACUCCGCCCUGGCUCCUGGCUCCUUCUGGAGGACUGGCUGCCCGCUCGAGUCGCUGUGGAACCGGGAACGGAGGGAGAUGGCGUGGAGGCUGGGAGGGGAAGGAGGAGGAGGCCUGUGUGGGCCUGACCUCGAGGUAGCGGACACCUUCGUCGACUUCCAGCACCUGCCGCAACAGAUGCAAGACUUCCUGCUGUACCGCCACUGCCGCCGGUACCCGCUGCUGCUGGAGCCCCGGGGUCUGUGCCGAGGCCCAGGCGAGGUGAAGCUGCUCCUGGCUGUCAAGAGCCAGGCCUCGAGCUUUGACCGCCGCCAGGCCAUCCGGCAGACCUGGGGGGCCGGGAGGCACCUGGGGGUCCGCCUCCUCUUCCUGCUGGGCCGGCAGGGCCACCCCGAGCUCUCGGGCCUGCUGGGCUGCGAGAGCCGUCUCCACGGCGACCUGCUGCAGUGGGCCUUCCUCGACACCUUCUUCAACCUGACCCUGAAGGAGGUGCUGUUCCUGGCCUGGAUGGGGCACCGGUGCCCGGGCGCCCGCUACGUCUUCAAGGGCGACGACGACACCUUCGUCAACACCGGAGGCCUACUCGACUACCUGUCGGGCCUAGGCCAGGUACAAGGCCUGGACCUCUUCGUCGGCGACCUCAUCGUGGGGGGCCGGCCCUCCCGCGACGCCUCCCUCAAAUACUACGUGCCAGGGGCCUUCUACAGUGGACUAUACCCGCCGUACGCGGGCGGCGCUGGGGUCCUUUACUCAGGACUCCUGGCCCGACGCCUGGCCCGGGUCUCCCGCUCCGUACCCCUCUUCCCCAUCGAUGACGUCUACACCGGCAUGUGCCUGAGGCGCCUGGGCCUCUCGCCCGUCCACCACCCGGGCUUCUGCAGCUUCGGCCUCAGCCCCAACGUCACCAACCCCUGGGACCCGUGCGUUUACCGCCACCUCCUCGUGGUCCACCAGCGCAGCCCGCAGGAGAUCAUCCGCCUCUGGAGGCUCCUACACCAUCCCAACAUCAGCUGUCAGCCUGGGCCUUCAGCCUUAGACCCAGAGUGGAGUUGCAAUUAG